AACGAGACCUCUUUGACGCCACUUCCACGUCACCUUAAGGUCUGCGUAAUGUGCGGGGAGGAAUACCAAAAUUUAUCCUCACUUCCUUUACUCUCAAUUUUUUAUUCGACUGCCUCUGCAGCCUGUUUUGAUUAGAAGAUAUUCUAUUACAAAAUGCCGAGAACAGGCAGUUUGUAAUAGAAUAUAUUUACUUAGAAUAAAUAUCACUAAUUACUACGUGUUGAAUACAAAACACAAAAAAAAACCUGCAAAAUGAAAUAAUCUCUAAAAGGCAUCCAUUCGUACAAAAAAUGUGAUGGUUUAGGCAUCUAUCCUUUAUAGACGACUAUUCGGACCUUAAACUAAAGCACCUAUCCUUCUGGGUGCCGAAAGAUGCCUGCGUACAUAUAAAAAUAAACGUUAUAUUUAUGAAGUAAAAAUGAGGUAAAUAUGUUAGCUUAUGUGUUAGUUUUCUACUUUUGCAACAGUUGCUCCGAAUUGAGAAAAACUUUACGGAUAAACCUGAUGCACUAAUUUCUUUAGGCGAUCUUAAAGUGAGCAAACCCUUUAGACGCUCGAAAAUGAGUCAUUUUUUAGGAAUUUUUGUAAUGGGGAUAAAAUAAUCGCAUCAUUUUAAAAAUGUAACAUUAUUUUAUUGCAACUUUUAAGUGUUUAAAAAUAUUUUUGUUUCCUUUUUACAAAACAAAAUGGCGGCGUCAUAGGGUAUUCCUUUAGGCGUCUUUUGCGUGACAUCGCAAAGUGCUGCAGUUGUCAUACUUUUUCUAUUGAUCUGAAACAGAAAACAAAUAUUUUCCGUUUACUGACAUCUGGAGGGGAAAGAUAAACCUAUAAAAUUAGAAAAAAGUAUAAAAUUAAAAGUUAAGUAGCCUUUUUAAUAAAAAGUUCAAAUUUUCAACUAUUUUCUCAGCAAUUUUUACCCCAAAAAAGUACUUUAUUUACGCGAUAUCCUUCAAACUUUAGGUACAUCCUUCCGAUAAUAUUAUCGACAGAAACCUCCCAAAAUAUCAGCCAGAUCGAUCAAUAACUCUUUGGGCUACAGCACGAGUAGUUUUUGAAAAUGUACUUUCGAGAUAAUUGCGUUUAACACUACGCGCGUGCACACUUCGUGGAUGUUACAUAAUAAGUGGAGUGCCAGGGAGAGGGGCUAUGUGAGGAGUGAUGUUAGGUCGCUGAAAGGUUUUUGUCUCAAAGAUCUGGGAAACGUGGCAUCUGUCCGUACUUUACCUUAUUAUUAGACUUAACAAAUAUGAAAAGUUAAAACAAACGUUAAAAAUUGCAGGAAUGGACAUUGUUACGUUUCGUGUGUUUUAUUUAGAUAAUAUAGUAUGUAUUUUAGAAUGGAAUCAUAACCUGAAAUAUCCUCUAUACUGUGAGGCGUUAAAAUAGUUUAUUUCUUAAUGUUUACUUUUUGUUGCGUAUUGAUAUAGUACAUUGGUCAAUAUGAGAUUAACAAUUAUCAAGAAUGUACAGAUCAGAUUUUUAUUGCGUUGUUCUGUCGCAAAUUAUGGUUGCACCGUAUAAUACGAGAUAAGUGAGUACAUUCGAUUGCACGAUAAUGGUAGCCUUGAUCGAAAAUUGACUUGUUUAUCGUCAGUACUGAUUCGUCUUGCACCGUGGAAACGAUCAUCAUUAGAGCGAUCAGGUUUUCAUUCAAUUGACGUCAAGCUCGUUGACUGUGAUUAGAAAAAAAAAAUGGUAGACGAAAUUUUUCCUCAAUUCAAUUAUUGUGUCCCCAUUCGUAUGGACACUGACAAAGCGAAAGAACUCGUGGAAAGUGUAUAUGGACUGAAAGUGGGAAAAAUUACAGAGCUCAAUACGUAUUACGACAGAGUGUUUCAUGUCUUAUGUUCAAAAAAUAUAAAAAACCCACAUGUCGCAACGAUUAAUGAAGCUGGAUAUGUAUUAAAAGUACUGAAUGCUGCAGACUCUAAGGAAACGGAUUUCGUUGAUGCUCAGAAUGCCAUCAUGAAUUUUUUAAAUCGACAAGGGAUCACUUGUCCUUCACCAGUUAUAAAUUUACAUAAUUCGUAUUACUCUUUGGAGACCUUGGAAAACUGUGAUACAGAGAAACACGUCGUAUGGCUUUUAAUUUACCAACCAGGAACCAUCUUGAGCGCAAAGAAUCUCACGAAAGAUUUGUUAUUAGAACUUGGUCGUCGUGCAGCAAAUUUAGGAAAUCUUCUGCGAGGUUUCUCGCAUCCUGGUUACGAUGCUCAUGACAAUCUCUGGAUGCUCACUAAUUUACCAAAGCUAAAGCCAUUUACGUUAGCUGUGAAAGAUUUGCAGAAGAGGAAUCUGGUUUGCGAUGUUAUCCUCGAUUUCGAAAAUGAAGUCCUCGCCAAUGCUGGGAAGCUAGAAAGGGGAAUAAUACAUGGUGAUUUCAACUUGAACAAUUUUGUAAUGGACAACACGGAAGAAAAGAUUACUGCCAUUAUUGAUUUCGGGGACUCUCAGAAGGCUUUCUUAAUUUUCGAACUGACCAUAGCUUUGGCCCAUGUCAUCCAUCACACUCAAGAUAUUAAAAUUGGAAGAUUCGUCAUAGAAGGCUACGAAAGUGUGAAAAAAUUAUCAGACUUUGAAAGGAACAUUCUCAAGACUGUCGUCUGUGCACGAUUUGUUCAGUGUCUGGUGAUGGGCACCUACAAUCAAUGUAAUGAUCCAAAAUAUGUAUUUGAAUUGCAGGAAACUGGAUGGGUGGUUUUAGAAAAUCUGUGGUUAACUGAACGAAGUCAGCUACUCAGAAUGUGGGGAUUGUCGCCAUAAUAAACAUUUUUAUAAGAUCCGACACUUGACUACCAAUAAAAGUUAAUGAUUUUAUAAUUAUAAGUGGAUAUAUAAAUCACUUAGUUCUUGAACCGAAGGAAACCUCAUUUAAGAAGAUUCAUUGUUUAUUUUUAUGAUACAAAAAUGUACAAUAAAUGUUUGUUAUGUAUA